AUGUCUUACAGCAGGGUCGGAGUCGUUACCGGUGCAAACAAGGGCAUUGGCCUAGCAAUUGUGCACCAACUUGCACUCCAGUAUCCCAAGUCCCCGCUUAAUGAUGGGCCCUUCUUGAUCUACCUGGCUGCACGCGACCAAGGCAGAGGAGAAGCAGCUGUGAAGAAUCUCGAGCAAGAUGCACAACUUAAGCAAGCAAAAGCACUCAAAGCCGAUGGCGGGCUCUCAGAAAUCAAGUUCCACCUAUUGGACAUCACCAGCAGCGACAGUAUCAAGACCCUCGCAGAUCACCUAAAGCAGGCCCACAGCGACGGCAUCGACUUUGUCAUCAACAACGCCGGCAUCGCCCUUGACGGCUACAACGCCGAACUUGUGAAAAAAACGCUAAACUGCAACUACUACAAAACCCUCGAAGCAAGCCACACCUUCCUCCCCCUCCUCAAACCCACCGGUCGCCUCAUCAACGUCGCUUCCAUGGCCGGCAAACUAAACAAGUACUCUGAACCCGUCCGGAACCGCUUCCUCACCGCAAAAACCGAAGCCGACAUCACCGCCAUCAUGCAAGAUUUCGUCGCCGCCGUCGAAGCCGGUAAGGAGAAAGAGCAAGGGUUCCCGACGGCGGGAUACGCAGUCAGUAAAGCGGGAUUGAUUGGCGCGACGAAAAUACUACCGAAGGAGGUGAAGGAGAGUGGGCGGGAGGGCGUGCUGGUUAAUGCGUGUUGCCCGGGAUAUGUGAAUACGGACAUGACAAAGGGGAAUGGGACGAAGACGCCGGAUAAGGGGGCGCAGACGCCGGUGUUACUAGCGUUGGGGGAUAUCAAGGGGAAAACGGGCGGGUUUUGGCAGGAGGAGAGGGAGAUUGAUUGGGUUGGGGAGGUGAAGGGUUGA